CGAAGUCAAGCUGCAGGGACCGGGACGAGCGAACGCCACCUAGGUGUCAGAGCCGAAACUACGAAGUCGAUGGUGGGUGGAUCCGGCAGGAGGCUGAGAAAUAUUUUUUAGGUGAGCUGAUAUAAAAAAUAUUCAACAAUGACGGACUCAAAGUACUUCACAACCACCAAAAAGGGUGAGAUCUUUGAGUUGAAAUCUGAAUUGAAUAGUGACAAGAAGGAGAAGAAGAAGGAAGCUGUGAAGAAGGUUAUUGCUUCUAUGACAGUUGGAAAGGAUGUGUCUGCCCUGUUUCCUGAUGUGGUCAACUGUAUGCAGACUGACAACCUGGAACUUAAAAAACUUGUCUAUCUUUAUCUGAUGAAUUAUGCUAAGUCCCAGCCAGACAUGGCAAUCAUGGCUGUCAAUACAUUUGUGAAGGAUUGUGAAGACCCCAAUCCUUUGAUCCGAGCCUUGGCAGUACGCACAAUGGGAUGCAUUCGUGUGGACAAGAUCACAGAGUAUCUUUGUGAGCCUCUGCGCAAGUGCUUAAAGGAUGAGGAUCCAUACGUAAGGAAGACUGCUGCUAUCUGCGUAGCCAAGUUGCAUGACAUUAAUGCUUCUAUGGUAGAAGACCAGGGCUUUUUGGAUCAGCUAAAAGAACUGCUGUCAGACUCCAAUCCUAUGGUUGUUGCAAAUGCAGUUGCUUCACUUACUGAAAUUAAUGAAGCAAGCAGUUCAGGACAGCCCUUGAUGGAACUCAAUGCCUCAACUAUCAACAAACUGUUAACUGCUCUGAAUGAGUGCACGGAAUGGGGACAGGUGUUCAUCCUUGAUGCCCUCUCCCAAUACAGCCCAAAGGAUGAGCGGGAAGCACAAAGCAUUUGUGAGCGUAUUACUCCUCGUUUGGCCCAUGCCAAUGCCGCAGUAGUGUUGUCUGCAGUGAAAUGUCUCAUGAAGUUUAUGGAACUGAUGGUCAGCGAUUCUGAAUUUGUGAAGAACCUUUCCAAAAAGUUGGCACCUCCUUUGGUCACACUGUUGUCCUCUGAGCCUGAGGUUCAGUAUGUGGCUCUACGUAACAUCAACCUCAUUGUCCAGAAGAGGCCGGAUCUUCUGAAGCACGAGAUGAAGGUCUUCUUUGUUAAGUACAAUGAUCCAAUCUAUGUGAAGCUUGAGAAGCUUGACAUCAUGAUCCGUCUUGCAUCGGAGGCCAAUAUCAUUCAAGUUCUUUCUGAGUUGAAGGAAUAUGCUACAGAAGUAGAUGUUGAUUUUGUGCGAAAAGCUGUAAGGGCCAUUGGACGCUGUGCCAUCAAAGUAGAAACAUCUGCAGAGAGAUGUGUGUCUACUCUGCUUGAUCUUAUUCAGACUAAGGUAAAUUACGUCGUUCAAGAAGCCAUUGUGGUAAUCAAGGAUAUCUUCCGCAAGUACCCCAACAAAUAUGAAAGCAUAAUCUCGACUCUCUGCGAGAAUCUUGACACCCUGGAUGAACCGGAAGCAAGGGCAUCAAUGAUUUGGAUCAUUGGUGAGUAUGCAGAGCGAAUUGACAAUGCAGAUGAACUGUUGGAGAGUUUCCUUGAAGGAUUCCAUGAUGAGAACACACAAGUGCAGCUACAGCUUCUCACAGCAAUUGUCAAGCUUUUCCUUAAGAGACCCACAGAUACACAGGAAUUAGUGCAACAGGUACUAAGUCUGGCCACCCAGGACUCUGACAACCCAGAUUUGCGAGACAGAGGAUUUAUCUACUGGAGGCUCUUGUCUACUGAUCCUGGUGCAGCUAAGGAAGUUGUACUUGCUGAGAAGCCUCUCAUUGCUGAAGAAACGGACCUUAUUGAACCAACCCUUUUGGAUGAGCUGAUAUGCCACAUUGCCUCACUGGCAUCGGUGUACCAUAAACCCCCCUCUGCAUUUGUUGAAGGGAGAACUGGUCUCCGUAGGGCUCUUCCUAAGUCUUCUGGUAGUGAUGGAGAGUCAAGUGGAGACAACCAGCAGCAGGCCCCACAGCCCACUGUCAUCCCCAACCAGGACUCCCUCAUCCCAGACUUACUCAACAUGGACAUCAAUGCUCCUCCAGUUAUUCCUCAGGCAUCACAGCCAGCAUUCUCUGGUGGCACACUGGAUCUCCUGGGCGGUGGAUUAGACUCCCUCUUGGGAGGUGGUGGGGCUGAUGUCGGAGCCGCCCCUGCUGCUCCAGGGGUUCCUCCAACUGCCACAUCCUCAGCAGGGCUACUAGGUGAUAUCUUUGGCAUUGGCUCCUCAAGCACACCAGUUUACAGUCCACCUAAGCAAGUUUGGUUGCCUGCUAAUCGUGGAAAGGGAAUGGAGAUAUCAGGAACUUUCUCACGCAAGAAUGGGAAUAUUUCAAUGGAUUUGACUCUGUCUAACAAGGCAAUGCAACCUAUCUCUGGCUUUGCCAUACAACUGAACAAGAACAGCUUUGGGGUUACACCAGCAGCUCCUUUGAAUCUGGCUGCUCCUUUAGCUCCCAACCAGUCCAUUGAAGUGAGUCUCUCUCUCUCCACCAAUGGCCCAGUUCAGCGUAUGGAUCCACUUACAAAUUUGCAGGUUGCUAUCAAGAACAGCGUGGAUGUGUUCUACUUCGCAACAGUGAUGCCAAUACACAUCUUCUUUACUGAGGAUGGAGCUAUGGACAAGAGGGUUUUCCUUUCUACUUGGAAGGAUAUUCCAAGUCAAAAUGAAGUUCAGUUCAACAUAGAGAAUAUCAAUCUGAAUGCAGAUGGCUUAUCUACCACGGCUGCUAAUCUCCAAGCUGCUGACACCUCCUUGUAUGAAGAUGGUAUUUCAAACAAGCUGCAAAACUGCAAUGUGUUCACAAUUGCAAAGCGAAACGUGGAGGGUCAGGAUAUGCUUUACCAGUCCAUCAAGCUAACUAAUGGCAUCUGGGUUCUGACAGAGCUUAAAGUGCAGCCAGGAAAUCCCACCAUUGUGUUAUCACUGAAGUCAAGAGCCACUGAGGUUGCCCAGGGCAUCUUUGAAGCAUUUGAUGGGAUCUUGCACUCCUAAGUCGUACUGAAGUAAAAUGUUGUGUUCAUAAUAUAGAAUUAAAUGGCAUGUAAAAUGAGAAAGUAAAGAAAAUUUGCCUUGUACAUCAUCUUGAGCAGAUUUAUAUAUUUUUUGUUUCAUUCUGUUCUUAAUAUUUCAUCUUGUUAUCGGUUUUAAUGUGUAUAUUAGAUAUAUAGAUAAGUAUAUGAAGAAAGAGAGACCCUGGAUGUACAUUUGUUCAUUCCAUUUGCUGCUUUGUUUAAGGUGGUAUAUUGUGCUUUGUACCCAGCUACUUGUCAGUAAAUAAUUAGUGUCCAGUGAUGUGUAUCUGUUUUCUUCCAAGAAUCAUAUGUAGUGUAAAAAGAUUUUAUGUAGUAUAUUUGUUUCACCAGAUACAUUCCUGAAACCCCCUUCAUGAAAUUAUUAUAGUAAAGGCAAAUUUAGCUAAAGAUAAAAUAAAAUUCAAAGAUUUA